AUAGAUAAAACCAAGUGUUCUGUGACGCACCAACAAACUCAAAAGACUGUGCAAGCAAUAGUAUACUUUUGCUUUUUGCAACCCAAAGCUACCCUCACCGACAAGCAAGGAAACAAAAAAAAGAAAGCGAUACUUGCCGUGUCGCGCACAUUUCCCAAACAUGACCACACUCACCGUAACCGUAUCGCCGGUGUCGUCAUCAUCAGCAGCAGCCUUGCUCGAGCCAACACAACCCGAUCGCAGUGUGGUGGAACUGGCGAGUAUUGUUUUUCGUCGCCUCCAACAACGGAACAACGAUGCGGAUGAAGCAACCGUGGAACGCGGUCGAACCGUCCUCACCGUCCUGUACCUCAUUGUGUUGGGACUGUGCUGUAUUACACCAGUAAUUUACUACUGUCGCAUCUAUUGGGAAGAACGACAGAAUGUGCAUUUACGGGAGGCGUCGCGCCGCAUACUCUCGGCGCAUACGCAAGCCCAGCGGGACGAAACCCGUGCGGCACGACGCAAGUUACUAGAUGAACGCCGUGCACGGAUACUGCACCUCUUGAGCCCCGUCCGGAUGGUUUUGAGAGAUGAGCACUUUCCGCACUUACAGGACAAGAAUUUCAGUGAAACCCAUAGCCGUAACGGUGAGACCGCAGCCAUUACGACAAACGAAGGUGACGAGGCGGACGCUGCUGUUCUCCCGUCGGAUGUGGAGAUGGGAGGUGAGAUGCGACCACUGGAGGGUCACGAGUUGAGCACUCCCAUCAAUCAGCAGGACGAAGAAGCCCCCGCGCCGGCAACGAUACCAGUAGUGAUGCGGAGGGCUUCCAAGGAAGUCAGCAAAUUUAACAGCGACAGUAGCGAGUUCAUGUACGGAGAAGAUUACGGGGAAGACGACGAAUCGAGACUAGUGCGAAUCCCCCAACCAGGUAUCUUUUGGAAAAAUAAGUCUCCGCAGCCGAGUACCGAAAGUCGAUUGGCUCCCGCACUCUGCACCAUUUGUUUAUCCUCUUAUAAGGUUGGCGAUGACAUUGUUUGGUCUUCGAACGAAAGCUGUGAGCACGCAUAUCAUGCGGUGUGUAUGGAACGCUGGUUGCUGAAACAACGGGAAGGUCCUUUAUGUCCGUGCUGUCGAAGAGAUUUUAUUGUGGAUCCAUACGAUGUGGAGGAAGUGGAUGGCGCGGAUACUCCCAAUGAUCCAGAGAAUCCCCACGCACCAAGGUCAGCAAGUCAGACUCUCUCGAACGGAGAUGGCGAAGAUGGUGGGAGUAACCAAGGAACCGAUUCGGAAGGACAGCGCGGCCGACGACCUGGGCGGCGUCGGCCAAGAUCAAUCUUGACUUGGAACUGGGACAAUCAAGAUGCUUGGUUUUUUGCGAACGAUCAAAUUGCCAAAAAAUACUAUUCAAUUGAAUCGUACAGAGAGCAUAGUAAAGCUCGUGCGCGUGCCGAGAGUGUGUUCGCCUCCGAACGAGCCAUCGCGACAAACGGCUUUUUGGGCGAACGGUAUGCGGAUGACCCAGUCGUUGCCGAGGAUGAUCACGCUCGGAACGAAUCCGCACGAGCCCACAUUCAAUGGAGAAACCGGAAAGAGUUUCGGCUCCUUUCGCCUGUGUUUUUGUUUUCCGGGCGUCUAUAUGGUAGUGUUGCUGUAACAUUUGCUUGGCCCAAGAAGUCCUUUGAACGAAUUGAUAUGAGGUUUUUGGCGCAGAGUACCACGUCGCUGUGCGUCCUCUGGCUUGGCGUCUACUUCCUGUGGGGCGGAUCGCCGACUGGGAAGCAAUGGUACACUUCUUUGGCCCAAAGCUUUUUUGAGGAUUACAAGGGCGGUGUCGCUGUCUUGACUUUGAUUCUUCCCGUUUUGUUGGCCGGUACCUCGUGUUCGUUGUUUUUAAAACAACAACCAGAAUACGUGGACGCGGCGUCCAGAAGACAACCGAGACUGCGAACUGUUUUAGCACUGUUCGCCCCGCCGCAUCAACUUCCCGUUUGGAUGCAUCGAUGGAUGCAUCGAGUGGGCACUGGAGACACGUGUUUCGAUCAGUUGUCGUUUUAUUUUAUCUUGUGGCCGGUUUUGAUAUUUUUACUGUGCAAUAUAUACCGACACUUGUCCGACGAUCUCGAUCGCUACGACGCGAUUAUGGAAACCGCCAACGCCUUUGGGAUUGCCGCACUCGCUUCCAUGAGUGUUUUUCUCGUUCCGGUUUCGAGACAUUCCGCAGUCCUGGCCUUGUGGGGGUGGAGUCCCGUACACGCCGUCCGACUGCACGUGUGGUCCGGACGUAUCAUUAUGAUUGCUAGUCUCGUACACGGUGCAAUGCACGCGUACAACUGGUCCGUUAUGAACCGGGAAGGCUUGUUUGCCUUGCUGAUACCACCAUCGGGGUGUUGGACGCUGAAGGAGACCGUGUUUGCACCGACGUGUCGGAAUCCGGACACGGACUGUUCGUGUUAUGAUCACUUUCGCAACUUGACGGGGGCGUUGGCGGGUACGGCGCUCGUCGUGAUUGGCCUGACGAGCUGCAACUUCGUCCGACGCAAGUGCUACGCACUCUUUUUUCAUGUGCAUGUGAUUGCUGGUCCACUCGUCUUGCUCAUGACCAUUUUGCACUGGAAUCGAUCCAUAUUGUACAUGGGGGGUGGAGUUUUGUACUACAUUGCCAGUUCGUUCCCCGUACUGGUAGAAACGUCAUCAUCAUGCGCCAGCGGCCCGUCUAAUGCGGAAUCCAACAGCACAGCAAUUCUGAAAGCUGAACGAUUGGUCACGACCAUUCCGGGAAGGUCUAGUCAGGAGUGUGUGAGUUUGACCGUGGCUGCCUCUAAUUCUGCCGUUCAGCGCUUUCGGGCCGGACAGUACGUCAGAUUGUCAGUUCCCAAAAUUUCCUCCAAAGCCCACCCAUUCUCCGUUAAUUUGGUCCCGGGAGAGUCCAACCAACUACGUGUUAUCUUUCGUGUCCGGGGGUAUUUCACCUCCCAACUGAAAAACCACUUAUUGCGGAAUGGGACAAGCGACAUGGCUUCGGAACAACCCCGUCUGCCACGGAUCCGAAUGGACGGCUUUCAUGGAUCUCCCAAUCGGGUGGACCAAGUUCUCCAACACGAUGUGGCUGUUUUGGUAGCUGGUGGAAUCGGUAUCACACCAUAUUUGUCCCUGCUCCACAAGGUCCACUCAAUUGCGAUGAUGAAACGCGAUGGUAUAAUGCGCACCAGAAAGGUUGUUUUACACUGGAUUUGCAGGGAUCAGAGUUUAAUCGAGUACAUCCAGCGCGAGUACUUUGAUCCUUUGCUGGAGCAUAUUCCUGGUGACGGUAGUAAUAGCGGCAAUCGAGCGCACAAAGACUUUGUCAUACAAAUUGUCAUACAUCGGACCGCGACAAUUGACAGUAGGCACCAGGGCUCCCGUCGGGCCGCAUCCUAUUCCGAUUUAGAAAAUCCGCAGGGGGACGAUUUCCAGCAACCUGAAGAGGAUGUCUCCAGCAUCGCAUCGCUGCGAAGGUUCGACGAUACGAUUGGUCUACCUUUCUCGCCAUCCGCCUUUGCCGCAGGCUCUAAAAACACGUACAGGGGCAACAUGGUGCUCACCAUGUCGUUCGUUACCAUUGCUUGGACUGGGCUAUUGAUAGUCUGGUAUCUAUAUUACAACGUUCAAGACGCUCACGAAAUCUCGUCUCGACUCUGGAGUCCCAUUAUCCUUGUGGCCCUGGGAUUGGCGGUCUCGGUUGCGGCCAAUUGGCUCGUUCACAAUGUGUGGCCUGACGAAGACUUGUCUGCACCCAUGGAAUGGUCGCCAUUGGUUGAGGAAGAUGAUACGAGCGAUACAUUGGAGCUGCACGAAAUGGUGACAGACAGUAAUAAAGACGUCGUGUCUAGGUCAGAGAUGGAUCCGGACGGUGUUGUCCGGACUUCAACCUUGACGCCCAACACAGGGGAUAGUCUUGUUACCAUGGAAUAUCGAGAUGGUCGUCCCACGGUGCAUUCAUUGAUAAACGCAAUUGAAGAAGCAAAACAUCCGGCGCUAUUCACCUGCGGACCAAUUCUGUUGCAACAAGAAGUUCGUGCAACAGCACAAGAGCGUUGUUGCAUGCGCUUCCGGCGUUGUCUACAAGGACAAGAAAAUUCGCACAUUGCACUGUACGAAGAAGUCUUCGAAAUUUAAUUGACAGAACCAUAGAAUACAUUGUACAACUAUACAAAAAUACCCAAGUUUGU